AUGUCAGAAAAUAAAAAAAUCAUUGACAUCAAAACCGACCAUGUUUCACAAUCUGUCAAGAUUACAACUGUUUCUCACUAUGAGAACGAAAAUACUAGUGAUAGUGGCACCUCCAUCUAUACCGGAAGGGGUGAUUCAAAAACAACUUGUUGGACUGCCAUCAUGGGUGACAUUUAUGCAGAAGACGACCCGCAACUCUACUCGACAACCAAAAAAAACAUCAUCAUCUUUAUCAUUGCACUUUGUGGUAUCAGCAGCAACAUUGGCAAUAUGAUUUACAUGCCUGAUGUUGUGCGCAUAUCCCAGGAUUUGAAUACUACUUUGACUGGCAUGACAGGAACUAUCUCUGUCUAUGUUGUCUUUCUAGGUGUAGCUCCGCUAUUUUGGGCAUGCAUGAGUGAUACCUAUGGUAGAAAGCCAAUGUACGUGAUUAGUCUAAUUUUUAGCAUUGUCGCUUCCAUCUUGUGUGCCGUCUCUUCAAAUAUCACCAUGCUCAUCAUAUUUCGUGCUAUUCAAGCUUGUGGAACAAGUUCAGGACAGACCUUGGGAGCAGGCGUCAUUGCUGAUACCAUAGAUCCUCCAAACCGUGGCAGAGCGUACGGUAUCUUUUAUGUAGGCCCACUCUUGGGCCAUGUUAUCGGCCCAACUAUUGGAGGUGUUCUUUGUCAAUACCUAGGCUGGCAAUCCUCGUUUUAUUUUCUAGCCAUUCUAGGCACGGUGCUACUCAUGCUGGUGAUUUUUUUGUUACCCGAAACCCUACGUAAAAAGCGUAUCGUAAUGGAUGAGAAACAUGCAAAGGACCGAUUUAAAGCUUUAAAAAACUUGAAGGCAGCUUUUUGUCCCAUGAUUGGCAUGUUGGGAGACCCGACGGUUCUUUUAAUCACUUUAUAUAAUACAGUCAUUCUCUCUUGUUUUUAUUUUUUGACUCCCACAAUUACAGAGACAUUUCAAGCAUUGUAUAAUUAUACAUCAUUUCAAAUUGGACUCUGUUAUAUUUUUUAUGGUGCAGGUCUGGUGGUAGGCUCGGUUACCAGCGGCCGGUAUGCAGAUUUUGUGCUGGCCAGACUACGAAAGAAAAAGGGCAAAGAAAAUGUAUACCCCGAGAUGAUCCUGAAAGCUACUUUUCCUUCAUUCAUCCUUAUGCCUGCUGGCUAUCUUCUCUACGGAUGGUCAACGCAAAUGGGUGUUGCAGUAUAUGCCCCUCUAGCUGGUCUUUUUAUCUACUCGUUCGGACAAAUGUUCGCAUUUGCACCUUCGUCGUUAUACCUUGUAGAUUCUAAACCAGGUCGAUCUGCAAGUGCAGUGGCUAUAAAUAACUGCGUACGGUCGGUUAUUGCAGCGAUCACCGCGAUCUUCUCUAGUACAUCGUUAAAUGCUGUGGGCCCUGGAAUUUUAUUCAGUAUUCUGGCCGUAUUGAACGUGAUCAAUAUUAUCACUGUAUUACUAGUCAUGGUCUAUGGCAAAAAAUGGCGCACAAAUUUUGAAGAGAGAAUAGGUACAGGUGAAAAACCUACUGUCUCUGAUAGUUUAGAUUUGGAAUUAGCCAUUAUUCAUUCAAGGAUAAGUUCAAUCCGCUAA